AUGGAUCCGCCACCAGCGCCCAUGUUCCCAAGAUCGCGACUUUAUCACAGUUAUUAUUCCGAGGAGCAGACAUUCUCGGCGCCAUCGGCGAACACCCAAAAAGGCACCGCGCUACCGUCGAAAGUUUAUAGUAAAGGACUCAAGGAUUUGGAAGACAAUGACUUCGAGGGACUCCUUUCGAAACUCUCGAUCGACGAGCUUGAAGACCUCAACAAUGAUUUCGAUCCAGACAACUCGAUGCUACCGCCGUCGCAGCGAUGCCGCGAUCAGACGUCGAAAACGCCGACGGGGCCGUACAAACGCGAGAAUUUGCUGAAAUUUCUCGAGGAGAAGGCGAAAACCGAAAAAGAUUGGGACGAUGUGUGCCCGUAUACGCCGGGAAUGAAGCGAGGAAAAGUGUACGAUAGCGAUAGUGGUCGGAAUUCGGAGGAGCCGGACGCCGGCAUCGGCAAAAUGGAGAUGCCGAUCGAGUUGGAUCUCGAUGAGGACGAGGAGGAGCUCGAGUGCGCACUCGUCACCGCGCCCGAAAAAGAUCUUGUCGAUUUGGCGGGAAUUUUGGGAAUGCACAAUGUUCUCAAUCAGCCGCAAUACUACAACGCGCUGAAAGGCAAAUCGCAAGAUGAGACGACGGGCACGACGUUCAACGGAAUUGUGCAAUCGUACGUGCCGCGAAUUGUGCCCGAUGAGCCCGACAAUGAUACCGAUGUGGAGGCGUGCAUAACACAACUUCGCGAAAACGAUCCGGACAUGAAAGAAGUGAACAUUAAUAAUAUGAAGCGAGUGUCGAAGGAACGAAUUCGGACGCUCAUCGAAGCCGCGUGCAAUAGUAAACAUAUCGAGAAGCUCUCGCUGGCCAACACCGCCAUUUCCGAUAGUGAAGCCCGGGGACUCAUUGAGCUCAUCGAAACGUCGCCGUCAUUGCGUGUGCUCAACGUCGAAUCGAACUUUUUGACGCCCGAACUUUUGGCGAAAUUACUACGAGCAACACUUGUCACCCAAUCGAUUGUUGAAUUCCGAGCCGACAAUCAGCGGCAAUCGGUUCUCGGCAAUCAGAUUGAGAUGGACAUGAUGAUGGCGAUCGAGGAGAAUGAAUCGCUAUUGCGUGUCGGCAUCGCGUUUCAAUCGAUGGAAGCGAGGCAUCGCGUCUCGGAGGCGCUUGAACGGAAUUAUGAGCGAGUGCGCUUGCGACGUCUUGGCAAGGAUCCAAAUGCUUAA